UUCCCGAAGACAUCAGAAAUUGUAUCUCUGUUGAAUCCUUCAAAAAUCUUUUCAAAAUACAUAUAUUUUUUUCACUUCUUGAUCAUCUGUGUGCCUAGAGCACUAUAGGGGUGGAUUUUGCCCUUAAUAAAUCAUAUACUAUUAUUUUUAUUGUUAUUAUUAUGAAACCUGUAGGAAGCUAUUUCAAAGAUCACACUCUAUACUUAAAUGCAUUUAUGUGUGUUUAUAUUUCCAUGUAUUAUAGGUGUUUCAAAGGUGGUUGACCUUUGUGCUGCCCCUGGGAGCUGGAGCCAGGUGCUUAGCCGUAAACUGAGAAAUGAAGAUGGUUCUUACGACGGUACAAAGAUCGUAGCAGUAGAUCUGCAGGCUAUGGCUCCACUUCCUGGUGUCAUACAGAUCCAGGGUGACAUCACAAAGGAAUCCACAGCAAAUGAAAUUGUGUCUCACUUCGAGGGAGAAAAGGCUGACUUGGUAGUAUGUGAUGGUGCCCCAGAUGUUACAGGCCUCCAUGACAUUGAUGAAUACAUACAAGCACAGCUUCUAUUAGCAGCUCUAAACAUCACCACGCAUGUAUUAAAACCAGAAGGCACCUUCAUUGCUAAGAUUUUCAGAGGAAAGGAUGUAACCUUGCUAUACUCCCAACUCAAGAUCUUCUUUCCCCAAGUCACCAUUGCCAAGCCAAGGAGUAGCAGAAACUCAAGUAUAGAGGCUUUUGUUGUUUGUCAACGAUAUGCUCCUCCUGUUGGGUAUACACCAAAUAUGUCCAACCCAUUAUUGGAUCAAAAGUAUGAUACUGAUUUCAACAAUCUGGAAGGUCCUAACCGUGUGAUCGUUCCAUUUCUAGCUUGUGGUGACCUUAGUGCCUAUGAUUCUGAUAGGAAUUAUCCCUUGGAGAUCAAGCCUGGAGAAGGUUACACAUACCGUCCCCCAACACAGCAACCAAUCAACCCACCAUAUAAGACAGCAUGUGAUAUGAAGAAGAAAGAUCAGCUAGCCAAACCUGUCACAACAACGGCAAGAUCUAGAGAACAGUUACAGGGAGAUGAAGCAGAUGGCCAGGCAGAAGGGAGAGAAGACAGGCAGGGUGGUGGUGGAGGGAAGCAGUUCGAGAGGGGAGAUGGAUCUGGAGUCACAGAGCAACAGGGAAUGGAUCUCUUAGGUGCCUGCAGCUCCAGCCAUGGAGCAUCAGCACAAGGAGGGGACACGGCCCAUGGAGGGAGGGCUCCUGAUGUGCUGGAUAUCCGGAGAGGCGUUCCAACCAGGAAUGUUGAGAGUGGAGAGGAGGAAGGGCAACAUAGGGUCCUGGAGGUGAGGGGGAUGUUUCCUCCUGAUCUUAUAGGUGGAGCAGCCCAGGAUAGUGGGCUUGAAGAUGUUGAGGGAGAUGCCGAUGGCUCCAGGAGAAUGGAUCCUGCAGGAGCACCACAUGGAGGUGGAGAUGAAGCUCCAGGUCUAAGAGCAGAAGGACCUGCUCCUGGGCUCUUAGAAGGAGCAGUUGGAGGAUAUGAUAUCGGAGCCGGAGGUGUAUCAUUAGGUGGUGCAAUAGGAGCAGAAGGUGGGGCAACAGGGACAAUACCUAGUUCUAUAGAAGGAGCUAUUGGUGGUGCAGAAAUUGAACCACUCAACAGAACUUUACCAGGACCUUCUGGAAGGGCUCCAAGUACAUCCGAUGCUCCCACUCCUAAUCAAAUAUUAGAUGGAUCUUUGAUAGGUGCAGUCGGUGGACUGGACAUCAGUCCACCCAUCGACGUUGUUCAGCAGCGUUCACAACCCAGUAGGGGUGAUGCUUAUCCCUUGGACGUCAUUGGGGAUAUCAGCACCCAAAACAGGAUAUCCAGCUCAGAAGUUGUGAGACCACGUGUUCCUAGGCACUCGAGCAGUGACCAAGGGCCAUCCAGGAGACCUCAUCAAGGUAUUGGUCUAGACAUUGUGGACUUUGCCAGCGGUCAGAUUUCACCACAUAGCCGAGCGCCUCCUGGAAACCCUGGGGAUGUGCCUUCCAGCGGGAACAUAGACCAAGAUCAAAGGACUCUGCAAGCUGGUUGCCAGAGAGGACCUCCACCCGAUGUGACAGGUGUGGAGCAGGGUAUUCUUGGUAGGAUAAAUGAUCUUCAUGUUGAUGAUAAUAGACAAGCUAGGAAUGAUUCUGAUGACUGGGUAUAGGGGACAAGGAUAAUCUAAAACAACCAACUUCUGCAUUAUGAGAGUGAAACUGUCGACAUAUUACUUUGAGGCAAUUUGGAAUGGUGGAUUGUCUAAGAUAUAUUAUGGUAUAUAUCAUAUAUACAGUGAUUGUACUUGUACAUUAGGUUCUUCUGAAUUCAGUUCUAACUAUCACCAACUUUGCAAUAGUUCUCCAGGGAGAUGUUUCACAAAGAUUUCAAAGUGUGACUUAGUGUUGCACUAAAAUUUACAGUUGUGUGCGGUAUAAAAGGCAUCACCCAAUUUGUCAAAUCAUGCUAAGAGGACGCGCACUUCUGCAUAUUAAUCAGUAAGCUUGCACGUUUCAUGUCAUGUGCACAUCGGUAUUUAAGCAUGACUGGAAGCCAUACUUAACUGUUUGUGAAACAACUCCCAGAUCAUGUUAAUUGUGGUAAUGUCAGAUAUCAUUUUGGUAUUUAAAUGAUCGUUCAUACUGAAUAAUCAUUUUUUUCCAGAUUAUUUUACCUGUUUGCAAUAUAUAUAUGUAUAUAUCCUUCUUAAUAUUUGAAGUAGAUGAAGGGCAUUUUUAUAGUGUUUACAAAGAGAAAAAAACUAAUGCACAAACUCAAGUAUUUAUGUAUUUUUGCAGUUUCCUUAUAUUUAAUUGGAUCUGUCAUGCAAUUCUAGAAACAUGUUAAUUGCCACAUCAUCUACGUGAAACAUGUACAGUCCAACCUCUCUUAUUCGGACAUGUUGGGACCAAUCCGGAUAAGGGAUUUAUCUGGAUCUUGGAGACCCAAUAUCAAAUACAUGUACAUGCAGCUGCCUCCCCAAUACUAGCUACAGUGUAUCAAACAAUUAUUUGUACACCUUCAUAUUUUAUACUUUUAAGCAAAUUAAAUAAAAACUACUGAAAAUUAGUCACUCUAAAGUGACUGCAUUGUAGGAUAUGCAUGUGCCCUUUGAACCAUAAAGGAUUUUCCCCCAAGAAAUUGCAUAAUUUUAUUUUUUUUCAUUAUUUUGUUAAUUUUUCACCCUCAAACAAUCAUUCGUACACUUUCCAUUUUGAUUUAAUUUUCACUGUUUAGUGAUCUCAAAUACUCUUUUUUUGAAGGAGAAUUUGUCUUUAAGUUUCUGUCAUAAUAAAAGAUCCAAAACACCAUUAUUUCACUAUUCAACCCUGGCUUAACCUUGUUGAUACAGAAACAUGCCGGAAUCAGUAACGUCUCUUGAAGUCAAUGUGUAUAACUUGGUUUCCUUCACCAAAAUAUGUCAUUUCAUACACUCCUAAUGACAUAUUAGAGUUUGUGACCAUUCACUACACUAAUUGAAAGGAUUGGUUGUAGUUUUUCAACAUGGCAAAUAAGACUUUGGCUAAGUUCCCCAAAGAAGGAGUUUCUGUAUGCAAGAUUUGGCAUGAAACAUAGUAACGGUGCAGUAUAGCAUAAAAAAAUUCAAGAAUACGAGGUAGAGUUGAAAAUCAGAAGGGAAGGGGAAGAAAGAGCUUCAACAUCAAGGACAGACAGGUACAGAAAAGAGAUAGUGAUCAAAGACCAGAAGAUGUCUGCACACCAACCUGUAAAGUAGGUUGAAGCCAGUACAGGCACUCAGGUUUCCACCCAAACCAUCAGGAAUCGACUGAGAGAACGUGGACUGCAUGGUAGGAUUUCCCGUAAGAACCAUUCAUCAGUGAAGAGAACAAACUGAAAUGCUAAAACUUCGCCAGGGAACAUACUGACAAGCCUGUUAGAUUCUGGAAAAUGGUACUUUGGUAUGGCAAGUCCAAGUUCAAUAUUUUCUGAUCUGAUGGUUGUCAGCGAUUCUGGCGAGGAAUAUAGCCGGAAGUGCUUGAAACCAACUAUGGUGGUGGAAACAUGAUGGUGUGGGGUUGUAUGGCUGCUGCUGGCGAAGGCAAUAUCUACUUCAUUGAUGGAAUCAUGAAUGCCGCCCUGCAUACGAGCAUCCUGUCACUAAAGACGAUACCAUCUGCUGCCAAAGUGCUAGAAAGCCAUUUGAUAUUGAUCCAAAGCAUGUAUGACAAACCUUGUGACAGCAUUCUUGGCCGAGAAAGUAUCUGUGCUCAAAUGACACCUCAAAAGUUCAGAUUUGAACACCAUAGAGCAUAUCUGGGAUGAAAUUGAGGGAAAUUGCCCAUCAAAUCCCCCAAGCAACAAAGGAGCCCUGAAAGUUAUGCUUCAGUAAGCAUGGAGCACCUGGAUCUUGCAAUAUGUGAAAAACUGGUCGACAGUAUGCAAAGGAGACUUCGUGCCAUUAUUGAUGCCAAAGGAGGACCCACCAAGUACUAGCAAGAGACUUAAAUUAGAAAAAAAAACAUCAAGUGUACAAAUAAUUGUUUUUCCCUAAAAAAUCACAUUUUGGGGGAAAAUUCUUGAAGUGGAAUGAAUUAUAUGUUUUUACUCUGCUUUAAACAAAGAGGAUACAUCAUUUGUUAAAUGAUAUUAGUUAGUAAAUUUAUGCUUUAAGAAAAAACUAUUUUCUCCAUGUUUGAUUCAUUGUUUUAUGGGUGUACAAAUAAUUUUUUGAUACACUGUACAUGUAAUCUAUUGUAGUGGGCUUUCACAGACAGUAUUCACUGCAGUGUCAGUGCAAAUUAUAGGAAGUUUGUUACGGAAAUGAAAUCGAUUGGUCGCCAAAAGUCUUGGAUAAUUAACCUGUUGAAAUGAUUGAGGAAUACUAUGAGCAUACCUCAAAAGAAAGAGAAUGACUCAAUGAAAUUAAGUCAGCAAAUUGGAUCAUCGCAGUCAGCCAUUGUUACACUGACUGUAGGCUCAAACAUGAUAGAUGGUGCUGUCCAUAAUGCAAGACGAGCCUAGCUCGCGAGACAUGUUGUUUUUUACCUGAAAAAAAAAGAAUGUGAUGAAAUGGUUGCACUUCGGACUGAUUUACUGGAAAAUUAUCCUGUUUAAGUUCUUUCUGUAAUUUGGGUAAGAUAUUUUCAUUAAAAAUGAUGUGGUUGUACAUGUAGGUAGACUACAUGUAUAUUGGAAAAUGUAUGCAAUCAAAGUGAGAAAAAAGCGUAGGAAUUUCGAUUUUAGAUUGAAAUCUCAUUUCCCCACGUACUAGAUUGAAAAAAGAAAUCUUGGCAAGUGUGUGUCCAGAUAAUAAGAUCCGGAUAAGGGGAGGCCGGAAAAGAGAGGUCGGACUGUAGUAAAUAAACCUUUUUUUUUUUUUAGAUACUUCGUCAAAAGUCAGUGCAGUGUCUUUAGCGUGGGAAUUCUGCGAUUGGCCUUCUGUGACCAGUCCUCACAUUUCCUCAUAGACAAAUUAAUGGAGAGUGCAGGAAAGCCACAGAGUGCCUGUAUAGUGGGAUUCCUGCUAAAAACACAUGGCACAGGCUUCUGACAAAUUCAAGAUUUGUUAUUAGAUCGUAAAAGGAAGGUGGUAUUAUGAUAUUAAACCACAUGAAAAAUACACUCUUUCAUUCUAGCCCAAUUAUGUUGCAUUCCUUAUUUGAUGAAAAUAAGUCACUCUGAACUUGAAAAUGGUGUGUGGGCUUAUCAUAUGUUAUUUCAAGAUAUCAAAGAUAUAGAACAGUUGUUGGAAAGAUUGAAAUAAUUAUUGUUGCAAGCUAUCAAAUUCAUUCUUUUUUUUCUUUGCGUGCAAUUUUCAGUAAACCCAUUUUAUUAGUGCAUUAAAUUUAUAAACAUCCUUUUCCAAUUAACAGCAAGUUUCUGACACCAUUCAUUAAUAGGCCAGCAGGAGAUAGCCAAAAAGUGACUUAAAAAUGGCUCAACUUGCAACUAUCAUAAUUAUAACAAGCAAAUGUUUACUUUUUUGAAAGUAUAUGCCCUGACAAAAAGUAUAUGCUCUGUUUUUUUUUCAUAUACUAUGUAACUACAAGAAUGUUUUAUUAGGAGGCUGCACUCUACAAGCUCCGCUUUUUAGCAGCCUCCUCCAUUUCCAACAUGUUUAUGUAAUAAUCUUGAGUAUAAUUUUGGUACAUGGAGAUUUGAAAUAUGUUUUUCUUGCUUAUUUGUAUGUCAAAUGUACAAAACUUAUUGUCAUUAUUUAGAGAUUGAAAUAAAAGAAAUUAUAUGAAAUGAAAAUGAAAUGAAACAAUAUUCCGUAUGAAAAUCACCCAGAAAAAAAAUAAUUGGAAACAUUCUCAAAUUACAUGUACGUCAUCAAUAUGGAGCCCCCAAAUUAGCAUUUUGCCAAGGUAAUUGUCAAUAACGCAUGUCUGCUAACACUAAAAGUACAAUUUUACAGCAAUUAACUUAUUUCCUCUACUAUAAUCAAGAUUUUCGGGUAGCAUACACAUACCAGUAGAUCAUUGGCCAUCAAAUACGUUUUCCACUGAACCAAUAUUAUUGAAUCUGAAGCACCCACCCUAUUUCCAUGGUUACAUAACAUCCUAUAUUAGAUUUCAUUUGAUAAAAUAAAAAAAAUUCCCCUUCUGAUAGUUGAA